UUCCAGCCCUCUGCGCAUCCUUCCAUCCCCUCCCGCAAACGCUUCAUCCCUCCCUGCGCGCCUUCCAUCUCCCCCGCGCACCCUCCACCUCUGCGCGCCCCCCAUCCUUCCGCGCACUCCUUCAACCCCCGCUCCCCCUCCAUCCCCCCGCGCACUCCUCCGUCCCUCCGAGCAUCUCUCCACGCAUUUCUCCAUCCCUCCGCGCACUCCUCCAUCCCUCCGCGCAUCUCUCCGAGUCCCCCCCCGCGCACCCUGCGCCUGCCCCCGCGCCGGCAGGGUCGCUCCUGCGCGGGGAUGGAGGAGCGGCCGCGCUUCCUCUGCGGCGUGGUGGAAGGUUUCUAUGGGAGACCAUGGUCAAUGGAUCAGAGGAAACUUCUCUUUCAAUGGCUGCAACGCCAGGGGCUGAACUGCUACAUGUACGCGCCCAAGGAUGAGCUGAAGCAUCGGCUGCUCUGGAGAGAGCCCUACACAGAGCAUGAGGCAGCCCGCAUGCGGUCUCUCAUCGAAGCUGCCCACGAGCAGGGUGUGGAGUUUAUUUUUGCCAUUUCUGCUGGCCAGGACAUGGUGUUUUCCAGCGCUGGGGAUCGGCUCCUGCUGCAGCAAAAACUCAGGCAGGUGGCUGCCAUGGGGUGCCGCUCCUUCGCGCUGCUCUUUGACGACAUCGACCCCUGCAUGUGCCAAGCUGACAGAGAUGUCUUCCCCUCCCUGGCACAGGCUCAGGCCUCUGUGGCCAACGAGGUGUACCAGGAGCUGGGCCAACCCUCCGUCUUCCUCUUCUGCCCUACAGAAUAUUGCAGCUCGCUCUGCUCUCCCAGCCCCAGCCAGUCCUGCUACCUGCAGACCAUCGGCCAGGAGCUGCUCCCAGGGAUCGGUGUCAUCUGGACAGGCCCGAAGGUGGUGUCACAGGAGCUCUCAGCAGUGCUGCUGGAGGAGGUGGAGGCUGUCCUGAAGCGUCCCCCCGUCAUCUGGGACAACCUCUACGCCAACGAUUAUGACUGCAGACGUGUCUUCCUGGGCCCCUACAUGGGCCGUGCUCCUGGCCUCAUGUCCAGGCUCCACGGGCUGCUCCUCAACCCCAACUGUGAGCUCCAGGCCAACUUCAUCCCCAUCCACACACUGGGCACUUGGUUUCGGAGCGAGCUGGGGAGCUGUGCCCACCCUGACCCUGCAGGAACAGAGGUGGCGGCAGCCCUGGGGGACAACCGAGAUGCUCAGGAUGGAAGCUACAGCCCCCAGGAAGCCUUGGAACUGGCGCUGCGUGACUGGGUGGCCGAGAUAAACCAGCAGGCCUUGGAACCAGGAGGAAGGACCCCAGGACACCCCAGUGUCAGCCUCAAGGGAGGACCAAGGCUGCAGCCUGGCACGGCGGGAGGACAGGAGGUCACUCCCCACCCUCAGCCCCACAGCUCUGCUCCUGGUGGGGCAGAUCAGCACAGCCCUGAGCCCUGCCGAGUGGCACCAGAGGAGGGGUGCAGGGAGGUGACCUCGGAGCCUGAGAAGGACAGUGGGAACAGGACACCCCCUGGCCAUCAGCAGAGCCCUACAAGGGCUGGGGAGCAGCUCACCACAGGGAGCAGGGAGAGCUCUGAGCCGUCCUCUGCUCUGCCCAGUGUGGCUGGGAGUGCCCAGUCCGAGGGAAUCCCAGCGGCCACCAAGAGCCUCCCCAGCCCAAGCCCCAUCACGAGCUCCAGCAAUGGGAACAACACCAGUCAGAACAUUUCCUUGCCCACCAGUGAUGCCAGGACAGGGAAUGGCAGCCCUGUCCAGUCUCCCAGCAGCACCCAGCCUGAGGCCAUCGGGACUGAUGUGCCCCAGAUACCCCCAGGACCUGGGGCUGGUGCCAGCCCUGGUGCCCCAGCCCCACUGACUGAUGAGGCUGGUGCCAGCCCUGGUCCCAUGGCACCAAUGACCCCAGAGGAGGCCACAACCAGCCCCACAGCACAGGUGACCCCCGAGGAGCCCAGAACCAGCCCCAUGGCACCAGUGACCCCAGAGGAGGCUGGGUCUCAACCCAUGACCCCCAAAGAUGCCACGACAAGCCCCACAGCACAGGUGACCCCCGAGGAGCCCAGGACCAGCCCCAUGGCAACAGUGACGCCAGAGGAGGCUGGAUCUGGCACCAUGACCCCCAAAGAUGCCAGGACCAGCCCCACAGCACAGAUGAUCCCAGAGGAGGCCAGGACCAGCCCCAUGGCACCAGUGACCCCAGCGGAGGCUGGGUCUGGCCCCAUGACCCCCAAGGAUGCCAGCACCAGCCCCACAGCACAGGUGACCCCAGAGGAGGCCAGGACCAGCCUCAUGGCACCGGUGACCCCAGAGGAGGCUGAGUCUGGCCUUAUGGCACUGAUGACCCCAAAGGAGGCCAGAUCCAACCCCACAGCACCACUGACCCCAGAGGAGGCCGUGUCCAGCCCUACAGCACCACUGACCCUGGAGGAGGUGCGGAUGCUGGUGGAGCUCUUCUACCUGCCCUACCACCACGGGGCUCUGGCACAGGAGCUCCUGGAGCACUUUCGGUGGCUGCGGGCUAACAGCCUCAGCGUGGGGGUCCCGGCCACAGCGCCUGAUGCCUGCGGGGGCACACGGUGGCGAGGCCGGGCUCAGUCCUUCCAGCUGCUCUGCGCGAGGACGUGCCGCCUGCACAGCCGCUUCGUCAGCACCGCCGGCCGGGCGCUGCUCUAUGACCUUCACCCCUACCUCUGGGACAUCCGCAACAUGCUGCUGGCCGCCAGUGCCUUCAUCCUCUGGCUGGAUGGUCACCUCCUCUGCGACCCUGACCCCAAGGGCACCUGGGGGAACUGCUUUGGCUGGUGCCAGAGUAUCACUGCCCCCAUCCUGCCGGGGAGGGACACCGAGCCCUGGGCGCGUCGCGGGGGUCUCUUUGGAGAGCUGCAGGCACUGCUGCCCGUGGGGAACAGCUGUGACCUCUUUUACCAUCCACCCCCGCUCUUCCCAUCCAGCCAGCUGUACCUGCUGCGCCCACUGCUGCCUCUGGACAAGGGAGAGCUUUACCGCAUGUGCCGGGAGAGUUUGGACUGUGAUCCUAAAGUGGCAGAGAUCCUCGUGGCCCACCCGGAUCUCCUCGGUGACAGGCUCCUGGGCAGCUUCCUCAGCCUGAGCCCCGAGUACACCUUUGUGCUGGAGGAUGAGGGUGGCCCCUGUGGCUAUGCAGCCGGAGCCCUCCACGCCGAAGGCUUCCUGCAGCAGCGGGACAGCAGCUGGCUGCCAGCCAUACGGCACAAGUACCCCCCAGACCUGGGCACAGAGAGUCCAGCUCUGGGACAGGAUGCCCUGGAGGAAGCAGUGCUCUUCUUCCACGCAGAGCCACUGGCAGUGCCCCAGCCUGUGCUGAGGCGCUUCCCCUCCCUGGUACAGCUGGGCACGGCCCCCCGUGUGCUGGACGUGGGGGCCAGUCGCAGCCUGGCCCUCUGCCUGCUGAGCGCACUCAGGGCCAACGGGUCACGGGGAGUGUUCUGCCAGGUCAGUGAUGCCGACCGGCAGCAGCUGAGCUUCUACAGCAAGCUGGGCUUUGUCGCCCUGCCGGUGGCCUGGGGCAGCUCUCCUGGCGCUCAGCUCCUGGGACGUCUCCUCUGAUGGGGCACAGGGAGGCAGUGCCCCAGGACAGGCUGGUUCCCCAGGCCAGGCUGAACCCCCCAUCCCACACAGCAUCGGCCUGAGCAAGCGGGAGCAGAGGGGCACCUCGAGCAGGCCAGGUACCCAUGAGAGGGGACACAGAGACGAGCAGGAUGUCACUGGGAUGUGUGCAGGGCUCUGAGGUACCUGGGUAGCAGAGAGCUAUUUCUGCUGCUCACAGGAUUUGGCCACCUCUGUGCCACCCCAACUGUUCCUGUUUGCUGGGUACCCUCCACCUUUUCUGGGGAGCCAGGCUGUCUGCAGACCCUCAGGCCUGCAGGAGCCCAUGAGCAGUGUUUGGGUUUGUGAUCCUGGAGCACAGCACGGUGCCUUAGUGCUACAGGAGUGUCCCUGUCACGCAGGCUGGGCUGUCCAGCUCUCUCCAUCCCCUGUGUGGCCUGGGCAGCCGGUGCUGGGGCUGGCUCUCGGCACUUCUUGUGCCUUGCUUGUCAGUAUGGAUUGAUCUGCUAUGGGAUGCGGUGAGGCAGCCUCUGUUUUUGUGCCUGGGGCCUGAGGGAAGCGCUGUCCUUGGCAAUAA